AUGAAUUAUUUAGAGGGAAGAGCCACAAGGAGCUUGGAGCGGCAGAGAAGCAGAACUACGUUCUCCCAAGAAUCAACUGCAGUUGUGAAGAGUGGAUAUUUGUGGAAGAUUUCUCAUCACCCUGGGAGAACUUCAUCUCGAAGCAGAUACUUUGUCCUAACCAAGAGCUCCCUGGAUCAUUUCAGAAACCAUAACAGGGUAAAAGAACAACACAUGAUAUAAUGUAUUCUAUAAGCUUAACUUCACAAAUGUUCUCGUGCAUUUUCAUGGAUUUUUCGGAAAGAUUCACGCAUAAGCCCAUUCUGUUCAAGAACAAAGCUUUAGUCGCAAAGACAUUCUGCUUUUUUUUUUUACUCUUGUUUUCUUUUAUUAAGAAAUUGUAUGUGUAAUGAUGUAUGGCGCUCUAUGGAAAUCUUGCAAAAUUUCCACUUGCGUUGCACAAUAACUUGAGUAAAACGUAAACAACACGAAGCUCCCCAGAUAUAAUCAACUCAAAUAAGUGCUUGAUCUUGUUCGGAAAUGAUCUUGAUAAAGAUCAGAUCAUUUUAUAGUUAAAAAUAAUAAUUAUAAUAGGGAGGAAACGAAAUUCAGGGAGUUGGGAGAGAUAGAUUAAAGCCAAUUCUGCAAAAUUAUAUUAACUUUGGAAGAGGAUGAAUUUGACAUACUAACAUAAGUAUGCAUAUUCUCCAUACUAUUCUUAAUACAUUUCCCAAGUUGCUGAAAAAGAUAAUUUGUGUGACAAUCAAGAACUUGUCUUGGUGAUCAUUUCCAUUAUCCUUGUGACUGUAAAGUGUGAUUUUUUGGUUGAUCUUGUAGGGAGAAAUUAGAUGCCAAUCACUCUUAGGGGUCAAAGGGUUGAAAAGAGGGAGAAAUCUUUCUUUUUCAUCUUACUUUACUUUAAAUUCAGGAAAAAAGUGUCAGGUUUACCUUGGCUUUUUGACAAUGCUCUAAACAACUCCUGAAUAUUGAUAAUCAAAUGAUGAUCCUUUCUUAUUAGGAAAAACUCAAGGGAAGUCUUCCAUUGGCUGCCAUAGAUGCUGUGGAGAAGCUGCGAGAAAUUAACAACUCCUUAAAGAUCACUGGCCCCUUUAAACAUCCACUGAUUUUACAAGCAUCUGGAAGAGAGGAAUGUCAGGAAUGGAUAAAGGCCAUUGAGAAUGGUAAAACAACACUUAAAAAUAUAGCAGAUUUCAUUUGGCCUUGCUAGUGAAAUGUUGCAUUUCCCAUCAUGUGACCCACCCAGUUUUUUUGGAAGAAAAAAUGUCAGGUUCUAUUUUGUUGAUCAACAUUUUGAUUUUGACGAUAAUUUGCAUCCUAGAUUUUAGGGGAAAAAAUGAAAUUAAGACUUGAUGUUGUAUGGAUAUUGUUUAUAUCUGAUUUUCUAGUUUGCUUAUUAUAUUGGAUAAGUCUGAGUUGGAAAGACAGUAGUCCAUUUUACAGUUGCGUUCUUGGUUGCUAAGCCUUUGAAUGGGAGUGAGGCUAGAGUUAACCUUAUUAUGAUACAAAUGUUGCUGCUUUUAUAAUGUAAUCCACUUUGUUAUCAUACCAACUACAUACUGGUCUCUAUCAAAACAAGGUCACCUUCAGCCUUACUCCAAAUAAAAGGCUUGGCAACUAAGUACACAACUGUGAAGUGGCCUAUCAGGGAGUUGAGAUGUAUUUGUAACCAAGCCAUCUUACCUUUUACUAACCCAGGCUUCCUUUGUCAAUUUUGUCAUUUUCUCUUUUGUUCAUUUCUUUCCCUGAUGAACCAAAGGAGCUAGAAGGCAAUCAUGUCAUCGUAAAAAUGUUAUGUAUUAAAUUACAAAUCAUAGAGUUAUACUUAUGAAAAUGACACAUAACUUUUCAUUUUAAUAUUAUGGCAAUUUGAUAUUAUUUGUAUUUAGGAAUUCAGCAGUGGUGUUUAGAUUCUGAUGCAAACUCAUCUUUGCAUAAGGAAGAUGAAAUAGAUAGCUUACAAUGUUCUUUGAAUGCUGCACCAAAGAUGAAGGUAUCCUGGAUGUCUGUCUGUACUGAUUAGUGCUGAAGUGAAGUUUAUUAAAGUACACUCCAUAUAAAAACCAUUAUUUCUGAUAGUUGUAUUGCAACCUAAAUACAUUGUCAUCUGAAUAACUGUAAAAAUAUGUGAAUGAGUGGUUUGUCUGCAAUGUUUCAUAAGCCAGCAAGCCAAUUGCAUUAAAUGAAUUUAUAUUUCCAUACCAAGUGAAGCACCUUUGAUUUAGGGCUAAACAGCAAUGUGUAAUUCUCAGGAAAACUAUAUUACUUCAUGCCCAGGGUUCAGUUGUUCCAAGGGCAGAUAACACAUAAAUCACUGUCCAGUGGAUAAGUGUUCAUGAAAGGUAUUGCAUUAUCCAUGGGAUGGAGGUUUAUCCAGUUGAUAGUGUUAUCCACCCUUUGAACUACUGGGCACAGGAUGCUUUGUAUCCAAUAUAAGAAACAUUAACUGAUAAGAAACCUUAACUGAUCACACAAUCCAACUCUAUUUUAGCUCAAAAAUGUACCUUUGGUUACCAGUUACUCCAUCUGCAUGCUACAUUCUAGGGUUAAUAUCAAGCAGCUAAAAAUCUGCAUGCUUUUACAUUCUAUAAGGAGAUCAUAUAAUCUCCAAAAUUUUUGUGGUGAUACUGAUAGAAAGUCAUCAAAAAGUCAUUUGAAUCAAUAUUUAUAAUUGCUGAUACAUAUUUCUUGAUUUUGUUUUUGUAGAUGCUCUAUCCUUCUUUGUUUUGCCCUGUUGGUGAUGGAGUUUUGAUUUCAGGUGAAUAAUUUUGUUUUGUGUUUGCUGAUGAUAACAUAGACCAGCAUACAGUGACUUAUAUCGUUAGACCUCAUAAUAACAUAAUGUUUGUUUUUGCAGUACGUACUAACACAAGUAUUCACCUCAAUGUUGGUGAAAGUUGUGGAUAUUUAUUAAACCAUGAAACAUCAGUGAAAGUAAAUAUCCACCAUUCUUCACCUCCUUUGGUGAUUAAUUGAUAAAUACUGUACAUUAUAAGUAAAUUUAUCAUAAAGACAAGAUAUCAUGUUUAUUGACUUUAUAGAUCCAUCCACUGACAUCAUAUAUGGUUACUCAAUCCUAACAUGCAUUUUUUAAAUUAUUGUCCAGCUGCCAGUGAGCUUCAUCAGGAGUUUCCAAUGAUAAAGUAUGCACGUAUUGGGAGGUCAAUUCCACAUGAAAGAGUAUUUAAGCUUGACAAAGACAACUUGGUAAGAGGGAAGAUAUUUUGAGCUUAGGAGAUAAAAUUAUAUUUAUUAACUGAGUAUAUGAGCAAAAAUUGUUUUACUUGUAGGUCGUAGAAUUAUUUUUAUCUGUCAUAUUCUAUUUUACAGCAUAUCAUGUGGAAGAAAAGGGGAAAAGGUCAUAGCUUUUCUUUUACCAACACUUGUGAGUUUGCAUCUUAAUUGUAUUUCUAUGUAUUUUCCUAGCUGUUUGAUUGAGGUUAAUCAACCCUCUCAUACCCCUUCAUUAGUAUUCACAUUCUCCUUACUGAUCUUUCUAUAUUUCAUAUAGUACAGACAAGGAGAAUUUGUUUGACCAUCAGAGCUGUUUUAAUUGGUGAUAAUUUCUGUUAUUCUUAUACAGGGCGUGAAAUUGCGCCUAAUACAGGCACCAAUGCGACUAAAUUUUUCACUUUGGCGACCAAAUCCUGAAAGUUAGUCGCCAAAUUGGCGACUAGAACGUUUCAUCAUAACCUUACCAAGAGAUAUAGUGAAUUAAAAAGAUUUGCAAAGAUAAAUCCGCGGCAAACUUCCUCGUUAAGUUUGUUUCCAAAACGUAGCACAUGCAUCUCGAUUGAUAACUAGACGCCAUCUUGGAUUUAGAUGAGCCUGAAAGUUGUAUAUCAUCCAUCCUAGUGUCCACUUUGUAGCACGUUAAGGAUCUUUUCCCUAACUUAAUUUUGGAGGGUCUCUCUAGAAUGCUGACAGCGUAAAGAAAGAUUUUGUUUGUCUUUGAAAAUGGCAACCAACUUUUUUUGAAUUGGCUACCACUUUGAAGAAUUUAGGAGCCAAGUGGCUAUCAGAAAAAAUAAUUAAUUUCACGCCCUGUUAUAACCUUUACAUUUGAUUCAAGGGACUGGUGUGAGAAGAAAUAAGAAGUCAGUCACUUAUAGGGUUUAAGGGGUCAACAAAACGUUUUCUGUGCUUAAUGCUUUAUGUGGAUGAUGUAUUUUGUUUUGUUUCAUCAGUGUGUUUAGACAGGGUUAUUGAGGUACGCUGUGGCCAACAAACCAAAAACUUUGUCAAGUUUCCUUACAAUGAAGUUGAGGAGCAGUCUUUCUCACUCAUGUUUGAGAAACAACAAGGUAUUAAUUUUUUUAUCUGUAGAGAAUAUUGUAGGUGAAAAAAACUCAUUUUAAAAAUGGGGAUGAACUUAGAUUUGGAGAGAACUUCAAAAUACAUACUAGACCUUGAUUCAACCAUAUGAUGGGACUUAACAUUGAUACAAAAAAGACUUGACACUGUUUAGAUCAGAAGUAUACUCUGAAGGUCACACUUGAUUAAAAUGAAAAUUAAGGUACACAACAGAAAACCACAGCUAUUAAUGGACACUGGUGCUGUGGUGGAAGAUAAUUGUGGGCUAAGAUAAUCAGUAACUAUAUAUACAUGAUUUUGCCCUGCAGUUGUUUGUAUUGGCAUUUUCACAAAUUUAUUCUUGGUCAGUUCAGCAGCAUGUUUUCUUUUUAUAGGGGAAUGGAGUCAGUUAUGUUCCUUGGAUCUUAUUUGUGACUCAGAAAAAGCUUAUGAGAAGUGGACAAGUGCAGUGAGUACUUUAUUAUUAAAUGUGUGAUCCUUAACCCUCUGAGUUACCAGGAGUGACCAAGAAACAAUUUCACCGUCCAACAUCAAUACACUAUCAAGCAGAAUGGUGGUGAGAAAAAAGAAAUGUAUCACCUACUGUGCAGUGGGGAAUAGUAUUUGAAUCAAUGCCUAGAUCUUGGAACUAACAUUAUAUGAAAUGUAUAACAAACAGAAGGGAGAAUUUGUGAAAGGAGCUUAGUUGGGUUGCUGUCAGUACAUCUACUUUAUGAUCUUGUAGUUUUUGCUUUCAAAUUGUGGCAGAUUUUGAUUGCUGUUUGUUGCUUUUGAAAAAUGAUCUGGUUACCCUCAACCUCCUAUAAGAAACUACCUUUCUGUUAUAAAACUUGCAGCUUCUUGUGAGAGUUUCUAUAUGACAUGUUAUCUGUAUUGUUAUCUUUUUUCGAUAGUUCAAACAGUUUUUUAUUCAGAGAGGGAGAAUGUUCCUGAUAAUAAUUUGUGCUAUUCUCUUUCUACCAUUUAAUAUUUCUUUUUAAAUACCUUAAGUUUAGCUUUGAUGCAAAGUUGUGGCCUUUUAUAAUAUGCUGAAUUUAAACUCCUUUCAGAUGAGAGAGGUUAUUUACAGCAGAGAUCAAAGAGUAAACAGGCACAAAUUUGAUGGUGUAGAUCCAAUUGUGCUGUAUCCUUUUAUAAUAGGCUUCUAUCUUUUAGGCUCAAAUCUACAUUUGUACUGAGUUGGAGGGAAGAAGCCAAAAAUGUUUGGCUUGAGGUUGUAUGUUGUGAUUGAUAGCCAAAUAUUUUUUCCAUGUACCCCACCUUAACUUAGGUAAUAAACAUUUUGUGAUAUUAUCGCUACUUUUUCCCUUUCCUUUUUUUCUUUUUUCUUAUGGGUCAGUUCAUUGGGCUUUGUGGUCCUUUUUUUUAAAUUUUUUUUUUAUUUUAUUGUUUUUCAUUUAAAGUGAUUACCGUAGUUAUUCGGUUAUAAGGCGCACUCGGCUAUAGGACGCACCCCCAAUUUGGCAACUUCAUUAUUGCAUGUUUUCAAACUGAAAAUAUCGCUGUUGGUUAAAUUGUUUGGGGAGAAAGAUCGGUCAUUUUUGCCACCAUUUUAUAAAAGUCAAUUCCAUUUGUCUAACUGUGAUAAAAAAAAUUGUUUCGGGAAAAUAUUCGCCUAUAAGACGCACCCAAACUUUGGCGGUAAUUUUUUGUAGAAAUUAGGAAUUUCUUGAAAAAAACGGUGCGCCCUAUAACCGAAUAACUACAGUAUAUAAAAGACACUGUGAAAUUAGUGAAUUUUGUUUUCCUUCCAUGUCUUGAAAUGAUUCUCCAAAAAUAUCAGCUUCUUAUUUUUAUCAAUGAAUUUUAAAAAUACUUACACACAAAUUUUACAUAGGGUAGGCUCUUUCCAUUCUUUGGUUAACUAGUAUUUGUCUUUCUAUUGUAAGUUUUUUCUUUGAUUCAGUAUAUGAAGCUGGUUGAAAAGGCACUGGUCAGUGAUGUCAUCACGACACAGCAAGGGGAUUUCCGUGGACCAAGCUUUGUCUUUUGCUCAACAAUGCAGUGGAGCUAAGCGGAGACUGAUGAGAAAUUAUGUUAAGGUAGGAAAACAAGUUCUGCAAGACUCCAGUUUCUGAAACAUCUGGAUAUCCUUUGAUUUUUUUGUUUUUGUCUUGUUGGGUUUUUAGGAUGUACUUGAGGCUCAGUGUGGAAUGGCUCAGCAUAAUGAGAAUCUGCUGUGGAACUCCUUUGUAAUGCUGUUCAACUCUCUAAAUAAACAACCAAAGGUUAGUAUUGUUACAAGGCUAGUUACUGUAUGUUCAGAGAUGUUUCUUUAAAGUUUAUUUAAUCAUUGCUAAAACACUAUGAGAGCAGUUAUUGCUAUUAUUCAAGGCCAAGGAGUGAUGAUUAAGCUCAUCUUGUAGGUUUUUGCCGAAUGAUUUCAUUUUUUUUUUGUACACUCUCUCCCAAAAUUCAUCUACAUUUUAGUACAUAAUACCGGUAGCUAAGGGCAGUCAUGAACUAUUGACUCCAGGGAAUGGUGAUUUGAAGUUAAAUUAAGAAUCCCAUGCUACAAAGCUUGUAAUUCUCACACUGACUGUUAAAUAGAACAGUCCAAGACUUACUGUGGUCUUACGAUCCUUGUUUGAUUACUUAUAGGCUCUCAUGACCACUCUUGGUGAAAAAUUAUACAUCUUCAAUAUUAUCUAUCUCUAGGGUAGAAAUAGUACAAAUUGCUUUAAUUUACUAUAUUUUGGAAACUCAUAACAUGUGCAUUAUGGAAGAGAUAUUGAUUGCAAUUAAAGUUAUGGAUAAUUUAAUAUCAUUAUGUCAAUGUCAAUCUGUAAUAACUUUUUUAACCUUUUUUUUUUUACCAGUUGUAUGAGAUGUUUUGUAAGUAUGCAAAGGAAUACCCUGACCUUGGUAUGACACCAGCUGAGUUUGCAGAAUUUCUUAGCAGAGAGCAAGAGGUAAGUAAUGGAGAAUUAUUACACUUGACAUCUGUGUUGACACCUGUGUUAAGUUUUUGGUAAAUACACAAAUUAUAAGUUAUCAAGAAUGUUGAUGAUAUUAUUUGAUAUUUUAUACAUGUUGUUGAUGGUGAAGUUGUUAGUAACAGUGACAGUCGUGAUGUAGGAGAUCCAUUAAAUAUGAUUUUUUUUAUAAACAGGAAACACUAAGUCUAGCUGCUUGUGCGAGGCUGAUGUCAGCUCAUGACAAAUUUCACAUGAUAUUCAAGCAGAGAUGUGCAGGAGACAAUCCAGAUUUCUUCAGAUUGAGUAAAUCUCUUCUGUCAUAUCAUGGAUUUUUAAGGUAAAUAAAGUUCUAUCAAGAAAUCACUGUUCAGGUACUUGUACAAACUAUUUUUUAACUAUUAUUGGAGGACAGUAUAAUCAUUAAGAUCUAUAAUCUUCUACUUUAAAAAAAAAAGUAUCUGUGAACUUGGCCAUACUAGUACACUUUUUGCUGUAUAUGUUUUUUGUAAUGGGAUACUUCUCUGUGCUAAAAUAAACUAGGAUGAUAGUUUUAAUUUCCCAAGGGUUUAACCACUUUUUAAAGUUAUUCAAAAUAUAAACUGUCACUAAUGACACAAAUUGACAAACGACUGAGGAGGUAAGAUUAGGUUUCAAUUAUGUCUGUGUAAUUUGAGCUAAAUCUUUGAGCUAAGGGUGAUAUAUCUUUGAACCUCACAUUUAUAGAUAAAAUUAAAUGGGCUUUACAACUCUGGAAGGAAGAGAAUUUUAAAUACAACUGCAGCCUUAUCAUAUUAACAAAUUAAACUUAGUAGCAAAUAUUAAGAGAGUUGUGUUAUUUUAUUUCAGUUAUCUCAGAAGUGAAGACAACUCUGCUGUCAAUCCAGAAGAGAAAACUGUCCACCAGGUGAGGGGUGAUUUGAUUUAUCCAAUAGGAAUUGAAUCAGGCUGAACUGUCAGAAUGGAUUUAGACAUGCAGGUGUGUUUGAAUUUCAGUUGUGCGUGAAUCACCCUCGAAAAUGUUGUUUGGUUAAACUUAAGCAUGGGGCUCCUUCUGUGCUAAGAAUUACAUUCUUGUUUGUGGGGAAGAUUUAAAUAUAUAUGUAAAAUUGGCUAUUUAUUGACCUUCCUCUCUUUUCAAUAUUGCUGAGGAAGGUUUGCACAAAUAAAAACAAUGUAGCAUCAUAAAUUAAGUUGAUGGGGCCUCACAAAAUCCAAACUUAAAGUUAACAUUUGAACUUGAACUGUUGUUUUGUGAUGAAUGGAAUAAUCUUGGUUGUUACACAGUCAUCGAGAUUUGUUUCCUUUUUUUUUUUAAUUACAGGACAUGGAUCAGCCUUUGUCUGAUUAUUUUAUCAACUCAUCUCACAACACCUAUCUCACUGGACGACAACUGAAAGGCAAAUCCAGUCUUGAGGCUUAUGUAAGAGCUCUAUUACAGGGCUGUCGUUGUCUUGAACUUGACUGUUGGGAUGGCCCAGGUAGGUGAAAUGUCAUUUACUUGUUGACAUAAUGAGAGGGCUAAAUAAGAAAUAUCUGAAGGUAUCAGUAUAUAUUUGUUUAGAUGCUAAACACAACAAGACAACCAUGUGAUAUCUGUUUCAAAAGGCAGAUAGGUAUUUCCUAUCUGAUUUCUGUGAGAUGUUAGUCAUCCCAAUUCAAAUCAAAUUUCAAACUCAGCUAUGAGAUAAUUAAUAUUUAAACUGUCAGUGGUUGCAACUUAUGGUUUCAAAUACUUGAUGUUCCACAAUUUAGCUGCACCAUAACCUAUUAGCAGUACUUGUGAAUGGGCAAGGGAUGAUGAUUUGCUUGCAUGCCCCUACAUCAUACAAGGUUACAAGACAGUAUUGUUUUGGAAUAAAAAUUCAAAAUUGAGGAUUAUACAAUAUUAUGAAAUGGACAUGUUAUUAGCCUAAGGUUACAUGUCACUGUUUUCUUCACUAUCUAAUACAUACUUAAUUUUUUAAAAUCAAUAUUACUCUGCUGUAAAAUGAGAAAAGAAACUGUCUUUGGAUUUCAGACGAGCCUGUGAUAACACAUGGACUUACACUCACAUCUAAAGUCAGGUUCAGAGAUGUGGUGCAAGUUAUUAAGGUAGGAAUGAUGCCUUUUUUUUAUAUUUCAGUAGAGGGAUUUGAUAAAUGCAUGAUAUAACUUAACCACUUAAUUCUAAUACACACUGGUUACUGUUGGAGAAAUAAGUUUAGGAUCCUUUGCUGAGGAAGGGACAAAGAUUGCAUUCAAGAGAGUGUGGUUUAAAGAAAAAUUUAACUAUGUUUUGAAAGUCUGUUGUCAGAAAAAGGCCUGAUAAAGCUCUGCAUCAUUCUGGUUUGAAGAUGUCUUGCUUCUGUUUGAUGCAUUGAUGGAAUACUGUUAGUGGGUGAACUGGAUCAACUUGCAGUGUUUUCCGCAGGGGCAUAUUUACAAUUGUGCAAUUCUUGUUGAGAAUAUGUUCAUUGAAUAUUUGUGUCAUAUAUAUACUUGGUGUGUAAUUAUAACACUGUAAAGUGAUUGUGUUUGAAAAUCAUACUUUUUGAAACUUUACUAAAAACAUACAACACAAAACAAAUCAUUUUUAAUUUUUAACUGAGCUUGUUUAAUAGUGGUGUAAAAUGCGUCUUUGCACAAUGCCAGCAGAGUAAGCAACAAGAAGUACAUGCUCUGAUUAUCAGCAAAAUGGAACUAAUGCAUAUUAUUUUAUAAAUGUUAGGGAAAACAUGCAUACUGCAAACCUUACUUUCACUCCUAAACCCGUAAGAGUGACUAGCAUCUAAUUUCUCCUUACAAUAUCAUCCCUGAAUUUAACAUCCAGGUCAUGAGAGGAAAAGAAAUGAUCUCCAAAAUAACAAAUUCUUGCUUGAAAAAUGAACUCUCCCUAAAAGUAACUGUUACAUUGAAAAUGUUUUAAGAAUAAUAAAGAGAAUAUGCAUCAUGAUGUUAUGGUGUGAAGUUUAACUUCAUUUUAUUGUGUCUUUUUACAGGAGUAUGCCUUUGAGACAACAGAUUUUCCUUUGAUUUUGUCCUUAGAGAAUCACUGCUGUGAGCAACAACAAGUAGGUUCAAGGAAUGACAUUUCAAUGCUAUGAUCAAUGCUCCUCUAGAAUUUAAAAAUACAUUUGGUCUCAUUUUUUUAUCAAUCUGUAGGUGAUCAUGGCUGACAUUUUUGUCUCUGAGCUUGGUGAUAUGCUGGCAACAAAUAACCUCUGCGAUGAGAUGAGUAUCAAUACUCUUCCUUCACCAAAUCAGCUCAAGAGAAAAAUUUUGCUGAAAGGCAAGAUUAAAGUCAAGAAAAAGGUGAAAUCAUGAUUCAAAUAAGUACUUUAUUUGAUGUAGUCAAGGUUUUCUUUGUUCCUGUGUGAGUUUUGAAUGGGCUAUGAUAUUAAAUAUUCCUUUCAUUUUUGUUUUUCAUCCUUCAGCACAAGAUAUCAACUGCCAUUACUCCUAUAAUCUCUGUAAGUAUUUGGACUCCAAGGUUAUGUAAAGGUAGUGCAGUUACAGGUAGUGCGAAAAGGUGUUAACUGUAGUCUUCACACAGCACAUGUUUAAUACUGGCUGAAUGUCAAAUUCUCUGAGAUGACACUGGAAUGACUGCAGUGGGUUUGACUUACUUUAUGCAAGUAAGACCUUCAUAAGAUUCCUGAUACUGAUUUACAUAGUAUUACAUAGUAUUACUUAGUCAUGGCUACUUAGUGACUACAGCAUUACGUUCCACACAGACUCUCCUAUGUUCAAGAUUGACUGUGUAUAUUGUUUAGUCUGUACUUUAUGUAAAUUCAUAUAGGACUAGGUUUACACAUUAUUCAUAUAUAUUUUGUACACUUUUUCAUGUCAGUUGCACAGAAAGUGAAUAUCACUAGUAAUCAAUCAUGGCCAUUUCUCUGGAAAAAGUACUAUUUGUAUUCUGUUCUUUGAGUUAGAUGUUAAUGGUUGACUUAAUCUCAAAUAGGGUCUUACUCCAAGGGUAAAGAAGACCAGCAAAGUGCUAGUUUCAAGUCAGGUACCAAACAUCACUAGAUUUAUUUUUAUUUGAUAAUUACAGUGUAUCUGUAUAAUAGGUUGCCCCUGGCAAACCUUGUUACCUCUUUAUUUACUCAGAAUAGGGUUUUGUUAUGCUGGCUUGUCAGGUCUUUCAUGCACUAACCAGAGUUAUGAUAAAAUGCAAAUUUGAUUUUUGAAGCAAAGUUAACUUUUUAUUUUAGUACCCCUUCUAGUACAGGACACUUUUGAACCUAGGCCAAUAUUUCACUGCUAAAGAAUGUUUUCAGUUCAUUGCUCUGAAUUCUGUCAACAGUCUGAAGCAAUGUUGGCAAGAACACCUUCAUCACAGUCACUCGGUACUAGAUUGAGAUCUUCAACAACAACCACAUUGACAGAUGACAAGGUAAUGGGGUUUACUAAUUUUUGGUUUCAAAAUGAACAUAGCAAGGGAAAAAUUCAAUCAAAGUCAGGAGUGGAACCAAUUAAGUUUAAAAAUCAUCUUGAUUUAGAUAUUCUUGGCAAUACAUAGCUGGCUUGAUAGCUCAGCUGGAUGGCCAUGGGUUUAAAUCCGAUAAAAGCCUGACAAAUUUUUAACUGGCUUUCCUUUCACAACUAUUUGCAUUCUGCAUACGACAUGUCCACUGGGUUGACUUGUCAACAUUCCAGCUGAGGACGUGCUGUGGUCUUAUUUUAAAAAAAGCUUUCUUCUCCCAGCUUUGAGUAAAUAGGACCAUCAGUUGGUCAAGUGGAAUAACAACAGAAUCUGGCACCGAAAAAUUACAUAAUUGAGCCAGAGGGCAUCUAAUGGCAUGUAAAAGAAUUAAAGAACUUAUGUUAAAUCAAAGUUAAAUUGGUUCCAUGACCAGCAUUUUACAUUUACCAUGUUCCAUAUUUCAUUUCAGAGCUCAACAAGUGAAGAGCAGUAUCAUAUAGUAAGUCCUCUAAAAAUUCUUAUUCCAUUAUGAUAAUCAGGGAGAGGAACAUACAGAGAUCAUAAUGAUAUUUCAAUGUAUUGCAAGCAAACUUGACAGUUUCUAGAAAAAAUGUUGUGCUUUAUGUUGCCGUGGGAAGGGGGGGAUGGGCAUUCAAUUUACUUGUGUUUGUGAGACCAUACUGAUCUCUUAUUUCACCAUCACUGUGGUUUUCUAGGUCCCAUUAGAAGAUGCCAUGGGAAAACUGAUUGUGUAUAUGCGUGCAGUUCCUUACAAGAGGAGUGAAGUCUCUGGUGACUGCUGUGAGAUGUACUCAUUUAAUGAUGGAACAGCACAAGAUGCCAUUACAGGGCAUCCAAGAGGUGUGAUCUUAAUUUUAAUUCUCCCAUCUUGUUGCCAUACAUCUCCCUGUAAAUUAGUCAAGAGAAUUUGGUGUUACAUCUGGAAAACAUCACCCAGCUGAUAUCUUUAAGUUUGUUUUUUUUUCUUGUUGUCAGUUUGUUACCGGUAAUUAAUGGAUCAAUGUGGUCAUGAGAAGUUACAUGUUGAUCCUUUUUGGAAUUUUUUCAUAUUCUUUAAAAUACAUAAGACAUGUCUCUUCUGUAAUUUUCCUGUCUCACUUAGCCCUCUAACUAGUCUCAAAAUUAACAGGAGACAUAGCUUUUUUUUCCUAGAAAUUCUGAAUGGAGAAAUUGGAUUUUUUAUGACGAUGGUGGUUUGAAAGCUGAAAUUCUUUGAGGAAAGAUGGAGGGUCACAUAAAAAAAUAGAGACUGAAAUAAAUUCUGAGUUCUUUUCAUAGAAGUGGAACCCUAGAACUUAUUGCAUCCCAUAAAUUCAAGAUCUCUUACAAAAUAAUAUGACAUAUAUAUAUAUUGCAUACACAUUUUGUAUACACAUUUGCACACUCUCACAUGACUGUUCCAUGUAAUUUCAGACAGAUGCUGAGUACUGCAAUGUGUAGUUUCAUGAAGAUCUAAUGCUUAUUUUGUGUUCUUUAGAUAUUUUGUAUUUGGCUAACAAGCACAUUGUCAGGACAUAUCCCAAAGGUUCAAGAGUGGAUUCAUCAAACUAUAAUCCCCAGACCAUGUGGAAUGCUGGUAUUCAAAUGGUGGCAAUUAAUUUUCAAAAACCAGGUUUGUUAUAAAGAACAAAUUGCCAAAGAAACUCUACAGUCUUAUUAUAUUUAACCACAGAUAUCUCAAACUUAAAAUUAUCAUAACCUCAAAUCACACAUCUCUGCCAGCCUUAUACCUUUUUUUGUCUCUCAGAAGCCCUGAUCAGUUUUUGAUCAUUUUAAUUGUUGUCAUAAAGUUUGAGAUACUAUACAAGAUCAUUUAGUAAAUAUGCUGUGAAAAAUCUUUUCAUUUUCAAGAACACCUCCUAUAAAAUAGUUAUUCUGAUCAUUAUCCUAUAAUCUAUCUCAGCCAGUAAAUUUUCAUUAACAGUUAAUUCACAAAAGACAAAAAAGAAGGAGUUUUUAAAGGGAUUUAAUUCGGUUUCAAUCUUUGAUCUGAUGAUCUUCAUUCUUUGUCUUGAUUAUUUCAUGUUCCUUCAGGUGUCAGAGAGGAAAUUAGGGUUUUUUUUUUAAAGUAUUGAUUCCCUAUUGAUCAUUGGUGUUAUUUUGCAGAUUUUAGCAUGCAUCUAAACCAAGGAAAGUUCAGGAAGAAUGGAGGAUGUGGUUAUAUUUUAAAACCUGAUUCUUUGAGAAACAGAGGUAAGGAAUUUGUACUGGUGAACACUGUUGUCUUUAUUAUCUCAUGGUGGCAACAAUAACUGUGGAAAACUUGUUCCUGUUUUAUCUAGAAUUAACCUUUAACACCCACAUGCCCCUGCCCUUGUGAAACUGAUUUCAAUUGACUGUUAAUUUUUUGCAGAGAAGUCAAAUUAUCACCCAAUGAUUAAGGAAAGUCCCAAGAAUGGAAAAUCAUGUUACUUCACCAUUGAGGUUUGCCAUUCUGUUGAUUGAAUUAAUUUAAAGGGAAGGGGAAUAAAAUUAUUCAAAAAAAGUUUGCAGGCCAUGGGGCCAUCCCUUGCUGUGUUGGUUUGUCUUAUUCCCCCUCUCACUUUCCAGCCUUUCUGGGUUUUUCUCCCCUUAAAUUUCUGUGUUGGGUGCCUGGUCCUAUUCCGUGGGACCUCUUGGUUAUAGGGUUUGCCUGUCUUGGGUGUGGCACUCAGUCAAGGUGCUGAUUGGACUUACACAAUGGUCAAAUGUCUGCGCAUGUGGAAACGUUGUGUUGGCCAAGGGUCUUGCUCUCAGGUUGGCAGAAUUAAGUUCUCUCACAGGAGUUACAAAGAAAAAACCUUAGGGUCUACAUGAUGGUGUUUUAAAAGCAUAAAACAUUUUUUAUAACGCUUAAACCAAAAUGGCAAAUCAAUUGGAUACUCGUACUUGAAUAAGCUUUACUUAAUAUUCACUUUUGUUGGUUAGGCAUUUGAUAUUGUGCUUUCCUUAACUGUAAACAUUAUAUCCAUAAGAAAUUUUGAAAUUAAACGGCUUUUUUUUUUAGGUGUUAUCAGGGCAAUAUUUGCACUUGGAUCAGGACUCUUAUCUUCCAAUUCGUGUUGAUAUUGAGAUAGUUGGUGUCCCACAAGAUUGUGCAUCGCUCAGCACAGAGGUUAGCUUUGAAAUUUACCACACAAAAAAUUGUAAAAGAAGUGAUUAGCGGAUUGCAUGUCAACAGUCCAAAUAGCGACACUAUAAGGCCAAUUUAAUGUAGUUUUUGGUUGUCCAUAUAUAGUGGUGGCACUGUUCUCAUGUGUUGUACAAUGUUUGGUGUUCCUGCUGUCAUUAAUGGGCGUAGUCCUCUUUUCUUAACUGGUGACGACGCUUUUCUUUAUUUCUUCAUUAGCCAACUAUGGACAAGCUGAAUCCCCAGUUUGAAAAUGCCAAGCGUCUCUUUAAAAUAAUCAUGCCGGAAUUGGUAAGUGUUGAGAAAUGAAUUGAUCAUUGAUACCAACUAAAACUGUGAAAAAAAAUCACUGCUGUGUCUUUAACAAACUUAAAUUUUGUCUGUGCCUUUCAGUGUCUGGUUUACUUCAAAGUCCAUCUGCUGAACAGAAACAAAAGCAGAAUUAUUUUUCAAAAUGUACUUUCUUUGGACAGUCUUAGACCAGGCAAGUUGAAGUUCUGAGGGAAUGAUCACAAUGAGGUUUCAUUCCAACCAUUACUGUAUCACUUUUAAGGACAAGUCAAACUAAUUUACCAUCUUAUGCAGUUUAUAGAGUUCUUUCACACAAUCUUGAACUCCAUGCUAUGGCGUUCGAUAGGCUAUCUGAAAAUCUCCUGUUGAACCAAAUUACCAAUUCCAACUAGUCUUGUACUUGUAAUCGUCACAAACUAUUCAAAGGGUCAUGAAGUUCUGAUCCUACAACUGACCUGUAGAGAGACGUCUUUUAACUUGCAUCAAAUGUCCUUUUAAGGAAGAAGACGCUCUGUGUGCUGGUUAUAUAGUACAGUUGUAGGUAGCUCAAAGGUCUAGUUCGUUAAAACUUCUCUCCAUUUUUGUAGAAAAACUGCCGCAUCCUACUCACCUCCCCCAAAAAUCAUAGCAAUUUACGGACAAACCAAAUAGCUUGUGAUUAAUUUAUUUGCUACAUAUUUUUCUUUAGGACUUCACUACAUCCGACUGCGAAGUCCAACAGGUGUUGAGAUUCCCCACAGUGGUCUGUUUGUCCGUAUAAAGCUUCAAGAAUUUGAGCCGUCCUCUUGUAUUGUAAAGGGAACCUCACGAGAGAGACUCCUUACAUUUUAGAUUUAACUCAGAUUUGUUAAUUCUUUCACUCCCCAGAUCUCUUAGAUGAUUCUCCUUACUGUCUGCCAAACAAUUCUUAUGAUGUUAGUGCGGAGAAUUUGGUAUUGUAUCAAUUAUUGAUCUCCUUACUGAUGUUAUUCUCUAUUCUCGUUAUUUGUUUGCUUGACAUUGUAUUGAUAUUGUAAGGAGAAAUUCUAUCUUGGUCACCGAUGGGAGUUAAAGGAUUAACGUAUAGUGCUAUGUCAAAUUUUGUUAAUUAGUUUCGUUUGUAAUGUAAUCUAUAUUAGAUACCGUUCUGAUCUGGACUGAUAAUUCAAGAAGAAAGAUAUUUAUUUAUUUUUAAUUUUUCAAUUUCUCAUGGGGAAUCGUUUGGAAAAUGAACUAAAUGAAAGGAUAAUGUCAGAUCAAACUUAGGUUCUUUUUUUGAGUUUGUGUAUCGGAGGAAGUUUUGUUUUUGCUUUUUUCUUUUAUUAUGUUGUGUUUGUUGGCAUGUUUGUUUUGUUAGAGUUUUUUGUACUCUGUAAAGCACUCGACCACUCAGUAUUCCUUAUUCGUGCCACUUGAUAGUUCUUGUCGUAGAGCGCGCGAUGUUCUCAGAAGAUUGACCUCAUUUAUUAUCGAAAGUUAAGAUUAAAUGUUUAACUAAACGAGAUCUCUUUGCUAAAGAGAAUUUUUUCUUUGGUACUCGUCAGCCGACAGUGAGCAAUGUAACAACUACACGAGAAGGUCUUUUAAGACUGUAAAAUCUUAGAACAUAGUGAUUUUGAAGUGAGUGUCGUAAACCACUACCAAAGUUAUCACAACAACCAAUCAGAACAAAGAAAUAAGCAAAAGGAGCCAAUCAAAAUUCAAAGUUUAACUAGCAAACUGCUAGAAGCGCGGGAAAACGCGGGUAACCAAAACCUGGGCAAUCAAAGAUGCGAAUCUCAGGUUCGCCGUAUAAUUGAAAAUUACUUUUAAUUACUUGUAGUCAAGUAACAGCAAAAAUUUAGAUUUAGCCUAAUUCUAGCCUGUUCACAAAAUGGGAGAAACCAUCCUCAAUGUACUGAAAUUAAAAUUGGAACUGUAUCAUGGUAGAGAAAUAGUAUGAACACUAUUGAUGAUUGUUGAACAUGACACAAUAGCUAGAUCAUGCUUUUACAGGGAGGGAAAUAAGAUAUUUAAUUGUCUAAAUUAACUUGAUCGAGAACACAGUAAUUACCUGUACAUAUUAUUUUAUUUGGUUUUCACGUAUUUAUUGGCGUUUUCAUUCAUCUACGAUUUUAAUGUACUAUUGAAUCAUACUUCUCAACGUCUUGAGAAAAUAAUAUUUUGGAACGCGAAUCUUAUUUUAUAUGAUAGGAUAUGAAGAUUGUACAAAUGACUCUGUUUUAAACCAUCAGGAUUACACUUAUAUUUUGUAAUAUAUUAUGUUGAAGAAAUAAAACG